GUCUGAAUUACGUCACGAUGUCGGAAGUGAAUCCGGACAAAUCGAAGGCGCUGAAACCAGAAGAUAAAAUGAAAACAUGAGCACGAAGCUAGCGACCCAACGAGAGAAACUGCGCUUUUCUGUUUCAUUAAGGAGCAGGUGGUGAGGGGGCGAUGACCAAGGAGGAUGUGCUGAGGGAGUCUUCAGAGGGAGACUCGGUCCUGCGGCGGUACAGUAUUAUUACCCAUAACUCUGAGCGACCGGUGAUCCAUCAGGUGGCAUCAGCGCCCAUGCCUUCAGACUGCGAGUUCUCGUUCUUUGACCUGAAUGAUCCUCUGUGUCGGGAGGUUCUGUUGGAUCCUCGGACCACUGUGCCCGAGCUCUUCGCUGUUCUCAGGCAGUGGGUUCCCCAAGUCCAGCAGAAUAUCAGUGUCAUUGGCAACGAGAUUCUGAAGAGAGGCUGUGGUGUCAAUGACAGAGAUGGUCUUACUGACAUGACUUUGCUUCACUACUGCUGCAAGGCAGGAGCUCCUGGAAUAGGCGACGCUGAGAGCGCGUCCAGUCUGGCCCGUCAGCUGUUGUCACUGGGAGCCGAGCCGUCCUUACGCAGCCGUUGGACCAACAUGAACGCUCUCCACUACGCCGCGUAUUUCGACGUCCCUCCUCUCAUCCGAGUGGUUCUGCAGGCGUCACAGCCGGGAGAGGUGGAUGCGACCUGCAGUGAUUUUGACUUCGGCACUGCUCUACACAUCGCUGCCUCGAACCUGUGCAUCUCUGCGGUGAAGUGUCUGCUGGAGCUGGGAGCCAACCCCGCUUUUAGGAAUGACAAGGGCCAGUGUCCGGCUGAUGUUGUUCCAGAGCCUGUAGAUAUGCCUCUGGAAAUGGCUGAUGCCGCAGUCCAGGUUAAAGAGCUGCGCACACUGCUGCGGGACGUCCUGCCCAGACCAGACUCUCCUCUCACUCUCCUUCUCCCUCUCCUGCCUGCCAGACCUCCAGGUCUCCUCUCGGACAAAGCUCGUGCCCAGCUUUCAAGUAUGGGCCUUCACCUUGGAGACAAAGUUGUCAUCGCUGGUCAAAAGGUCGGGACUCUGAGGUUUUGCGGUAGUACCGAGUUUGCUGGUGGUCUUUGGGCAGGGGUGGAGCUUCACCAACCAGUGGGCAAAAAUGAUGGAUCGGUAGCUGGCGUCCAGUACUUCACCUGCCCAAUUAAACAUGGAAUCUUCGCCCCCCUCUCCAAACUCAGCAAACUCUCGGAACGACGGAAAAACAGUCCCCGCCAGCCCUCCGCUCCUGUCCCCCACCCUAGACGAAUUGACUUGGCGCGGGUCACGUCCAAGGUCAACACAGGUCUUCUUUCACGCAGUUGUUCCACAUCCUCUUCUUCUUUGGACUCCAGACAAGCUUCCAGACGACCACCAAGACCGCCACCACGACAAAGACCACCUCUGCGCCCAUGGCAGGAACGGACUCCUCCGAGCACCAGAUCUACUCCUACGCCCUCCCGUUCCCUCACCGCCACCCCACACUCUGGAAUUGCUCGCAGCAGGACCCCUUCAGUCAGCAGCACAGCAUAUGAGAGCUCAGAUGUGCAUUUAGGGGAGCGUGUAUUGGUGGUGGGACAAAGGACAGGGAUUGUGCGGUUUUACGGGAAGACCAGUUUUGCUCCAGGAUUUUGGUUGGGGAUUGAGUUGGACAAGCCGAGCGGGAAGAAUGACGGAUCAGUUGGAGGAGUACGAUACUUCAGCUGUCCUCCUAAACACGGAGUCUUCGCCCCACCCUCACGAGUUCAGAGCAGGAUUCAUGGCUCAGUAGACUGUCUGUCAGAGCUGUCCUCGUCUCGGAUGAACUAUUCCUUCACAGGAAUUCGACGCACUCUCAGCACUUCCACAGCCAUCGCUACCCAGAGAGAACCGAGUCGUAAAGGUCAAGCAAGCAGGAACCGUUCCAGUAAUUUGCGGCGCCGUUGGAGCACAGUCAGCGCUGGCAGGGGUACAUCAAGGGCGAACAGCAGCGCUGGCCCAGGGCCUAACCGAGUGGGUGGCACCAGUUCCUCUGGCUCAGAUGGCACUGUCAAACUCCACCUGGGCAUGCAGGUCUUGCUAAUUAGUGCCAAUGAGAUGGGCACCAUCCGCUACGUUGGCACAGCUGACUUUGCCCCCGGCCUCUGGCUCGGCCUCGAGCUGCGAAGCCCGAAAGGAAAAAACGAUGGUUCCGUGGGCAACCGACGCUACUUCAGCUGCCGACCUGGCCAUGGGGUUCUGGUGCGACCCAGCAGGGUCACGUACCGUGGUAUCAACGGGGCCAAGCUGGUGGAUGAAAGCAGCUGAGACCGCCACACGCUGGAAAAUGGGCUUCCCAUCUCUCA